GAGAGAGGGAGGUAGACGUGAGCCAUGGCGUCUGCUUUUUACUCCGAAGAUUUGACUUGUCCCGUUUGUCUGACUAUCUUCACAAAUCCAGUGACUCUUCUCUGUGGACACUCUUUCUGCAGAGGAUGUAUUACAGCAGUUCUGAGUACACAGCCCCAGUGCCCACAGUGUCGCACAGCUGUUCCAACAGAUGUGGCAUGUCUUCCAACCAGCCACAUAUUGAAAAGCCUCGCUGAAAAGGCCAAAGAAACCGAGAAGAGAAAGAAAGAGAAUGGGGAAGAGAAAGCAGAGUCAGCUGAGCUGUGCCCUGAGCAUGAAGAAAAGCUGAAACUGUUCUGCGUCACAGAUCAGCAGUUAGCUUGUAUCAUAUGCCGCGAUGGGGAGAGGCAUGAAGGACACAAGUUUAAACCAAUCAAAGAAGCGGCUGCAUCUCUCAGACUGGAGUUGGAGAAGGGCAUGGAGACCCUUUGUGGUGAUAUCCUCGCUACAGAGAGCCUAGCGAACACGCAGAGGGAAGAAAUAACAAAAACCAAGGAGAAGUCUCAGCAGCUGACCACCCAAAUCCACAGACAGGUAGAGGAGAUGCACCAGUUUCUGAGAAAGAGAGAAGAUGAGCUAAAGAAUGAGCUGAAACACAGAGAGGAAGAUGCUGUUGAGAAAAUGGCCGUGAGUUUAAAUGCUAUAGAAACAGCUUUGUGUGAGAGCAGAGAGCUGGAGAGAAAACUGAAAUCAGUAGUGAACAUUGAAGACCCAGAGAGGUUCUUAAAGAGCUGGACUGAGGGUAACAGCACAGGUACUCCAGAGCAUUUAUUCUGGCCUAGAGCAAAUGAUCUCCAAGUGGUGCAUACCUCUCUCUCUUUGGGGCCAUAUGAAAGCCAUCUGCAGUUCUUUAUGUGGAAGGAGAUGCUUCAGGUGAUCCAGCCCCGAGCAGAGCUGCUCUCACUCAAAAGCAACAGUACAGACUUAACUGUGUCUGAUGAUGGCCGCAGUUUGCUUUGUACUCUCCAAAGCAACCAGGCUCCACCAGGUUUCUCCUCUGGUUUUGGUUACACUGCAGGAUCAGGUUUCUCCUCUGGUUUUGGUUACCCUGCAGGAUCAGGCAAAACCUUAGGCUCUCCAUCUGGCUCCAGUUUUGGAUUAGGACAACCAGUCUCUCUUUUUGGUUCCGCUGCAAGAUCAGGCAAAACCACAAGCUUUUCAUUUGCAGGGGGUCUGGACGCACCCCCCACUUAUUCUGGCUUCACACAUGUUUCAAAACAAACCAACAGCCCUGUUUAUGGUUCUACUGCAGGAUCAGGCACAACCACAGGCAACCACCAUGCAUUUAGUGUCAAUGAGUUCACUUCAGGGCAGCAUUACUGGGAAAUAGAGGUUGGACACAUUAACUAUUGGGAACUCGGUAUAAUAGAUAAUUUCCUGAAAUAUGAUGAACAAAAAUAUGCCAUCUGUAGUUCAAAUAGAACCACAAAGGUUGUAGUUGGAGCCACACCUCGAAAGAUUGGGAUUCACCUAAACUGCACAUCCAAGACGCUCUCCUUCUAUGAUGCAGACAACAUGACACAUAUUCACACUGUGAGCCCUAGUGUCAUGUCCGUGCCACUGUCGGCAUAUUUCAACAUUAGAGCCACAGCACCAGAUCCUAACCCUCUUACAGUGUGCUGGUACUGAAGUCAAGAUCAGUAGAACAAAUACCACUUAUUUUCACCAGUUUAAUGAGCAGGAAAAAAAAAAAAAUGAGGCAAAAUCCAAGCUCCAUAUCACAGUAGAUUAAUAGAAUGAAUACAUCAACAAAUGAGAAAAUUGCUUCUAAAAACAUGAUCUUUUGCAGCGUGUUACAUAUUUGUAUUGCUCUGUUCGACAUUUCUAUAUACUAUUCAUUGCUUAUGUAGGCUACAUUACAGGGCUUGUGGUUUUGGUGUAUCGUAUAUGGAUUACCAGAUAACGUCAUUUGAAUUUUGUUUUCUAAAUUUAAUUGAUGUGUUCUAUGUUUGCGGUUGGAUUUUGAAUGCUGUGACUUCAUUAUUUGUGACUCUGUUUUUUACACUAUGGUACUGAAGUGGCUUUAUCUGCUGUGUGCAUGAGAUACUCCAUGCCUCUCUGACACCACUGGAGGGUGGUGUUAUCAUGUGUCGGCAGACCCCUGCUGUAUGAGGCCAGUGAACAGCAGUACGUCUUUGGCUUGAUUGUAUCAGUUUUUCAAAAAAAUUAAAAAAUAUAUAGUAUGGCUGCCCAAUGUGCUCAAUACUACGUUUUUGGCUCAAUGAUACUCUAAAAAGAUGUGACAAACAAACAUGAUGUCUGUUUAACAUGUCCUCCCACACAGACUGAAGGGUGACACUGAGAAACAUCUCCAACAAAAACUCUGUUGAAUAUAUCCAAUACACACAGCUUAAUGAACAAUUCUCUGUCCGACGCUUUUCAUAAAUUAAUGGGGUAUGGGUGGUGGCAUUCUUCUAAAAUUUCUGUCAAAGAUUUGUCAAAGAUCAUAUUCAUCUCAUUGUUGUUUGUUCCUCUAUCAAGACGUUUUUGUAAUACCUUUUUUUUUUUUUUUACCUCUUUAUAUCAAUGUGUUUGUGUUUAUGCUACUAUUUUGUUGAUUUUCUAUGGAUGCUAAUAGGUUUUUUUCAGGGACUAAUAUACAAAUUCCUGGGAGGUUAUUUAGAGAGUGGGAGCUUUCAAGAUCUAAAAGACGUAUUUUGAUCUUGUUUUUUUAGAUUAAAAUCCCAUUUCUCAGUGGAUUGUCUUAAUAUGACUUUGGCCAUUUUAUAUACAUCAUGUAGAUAUGUCUUCAUUUUUCUUUACCUUAAUUCCUUCACAUAUUUGUAGUCCGAUGCAUUUGUUGCUUUUGAAAGAGUUGUUCAUAAAUCCAUAUCUAGACAUUGCCAGUUGGCAACUAUUGACAUUGUUUUGAGUCAUGUUCGGGUGUGUCUAUGACCCCGUGGUUGUAGCCUCAACCAAGAGUGGGAACAGGAUUAUUCAAUGAGUCUGGUUUCUUUGUACCUGCCAAAGAUACAAUUUGGCCUCAAAAUGUUGUACUAUUUCUAACGUAAUAAAAUGUGGUGUUGAAAUGUGA